AUGCUCUCUGCCAACAACGACAAACCCGCAAACGCAUUGAGCACGCCAGUUUUUAACAUGCCAACAUCCACCACAACCAGCAGCAAGGCAUACUACCGAAUGGAUUCACACGAGCGGCGCGGCGUGGAAACGCAGCCGUUGCAACAUAUCUGGAUCGUCACGGGGCCUGCGGGCUCGGGCAAGACGACCGUUGCCCAGAAACUCCAAGCUGAGCUGGGGUUGCCUUUUCUCGAAGGAGACGACUUCCACCCGCCAGCCAACAAGGAGAAAAUGGGCAAUGGUACACCGCUGAACGACAUGGAUCGAUGGGACUGGUUGAUCUCGUUGCGCGACGCCGCCGUAAACACACUCUCAACCCCAGAGUCCGACAAUGCUUCUCAAGUGCCCUCGGGCGUGAUCAUGUCUUGCUCAGCCCUAAAGCUCAAAUACCGGGAUGUCAUCCGCGUAGCUGCCUAUGACCACCCCAGCGUGCGAAUUCACUUUAUAUACCUCAAGGCAGACGAAAACGCGCUCAUGGCGAGAGUGAUGGGCCGCUCCAGCCACUACAUGAAGGAAAAUAUGGUCCGCUCUCAAUUCGAAGCUCUCGAGGACCCGUGCGACGAGAAAGAUGUGCUUGCAGUCGAUGUUGAUACUUCGCCGGAAGAGGCCCAGAGGCGGGUCUCGGAGACGGUGGCCAGGAAGCUUGCGGAAUACAAAUGA